AGUGAAGCUCAUCGUUAUAACUCCGCCAAUCCUUCGAGGAGGAGAAGAGGAAGACGAAAAUGGGGAAGAUCCCCCCUUCCUUCCGAUCUGCAAUCUCCAACACGCUCAUCAAGAACCCAUCUCCAUCGUCAUCUUCCGUCGCCGUCACGCCAGUCGAGAGGCCGAGGAAGUUCCCGGCGAAGCUCAAAUCCCCGAAGAAACCCACCACCGGUAAACCCACCUCUGUUUCAGAGCCGACGGCCCUGUUCAGGUCGCCGAGCCUCGCUGAGGCGAAAGCCCUCUUCAAUUCGUUGAUCUCCGGUCCGAGAAAUACCCCGAUAAACCCCAACUCCCUCCUCCAGUCCUAUGCCUCGAUCUCCACCGUCCAAGACUCCAUCUCCUUCUUCACCCAUGUCACCAAAUCUAUCCCUUCCUUCACCCCGGACCGAUCGACCUUCCAUGCGCUGCUCCUGAGCUCAUGCAGGGUUCCCGAUCCCACCCUCGAGCCGAUCCAUUCGGUGCUCAACUUGAUGGUCAAUAAAGGGUUCCCCCCAAAUCAGGUCACUGUCGAUAUCUCGGUUCGGGCCCUGUGCUCUUCGGGUCGUGAGGAUCACGCGAUUGAGCUGAUUCGGGAGCUUGCCAAGAAGCACUCCCUGCCCGAUGCUUACACUUACAAUUUCGUGGUCAAGCACCUCUGCAAGUCCCGAGCUUUGAACAGCGCUUAUAGCUUUAUAGAUGAAAUGCGGAGCUCGUUUGAUAUAAAGCCUGAUUUAGUCACUUACACUAUCUUGAUUGAUAAUGUCUGCAACAGCAAGAAUCUGCGGGAGGCUACUCGAUUGGUGGAUGUGCUUAGUGAGGAAGGGUUUAAGCCGGAUUGCUUCGUGUAUAAUACGAUCAUGAAAGGGUACUGUGCACUGAGUCGAGGGGGAGAGGUGGUCAGGGUGUAUAACAAAAUGAAGGAGGAAGGGGUGGAGCCAGAUCUCGUGACUUACAACACUUUAAUUUUUGGGCUAUCGAAGUCAGGCAGAGUUAAGGAGGCAAGGAAAUACUUGGAUGUAAUGGUGGAGUCGGGUCAUUUUCCCGAUGCAGUGACCUACACUUCCCUGAUGAAUGGCAUGUGCCGAGAAGGCGAUGUGAAGGGAGCCCUGCGGCUCUUGGAGGAGAUGGAGGCUAAGGGUUGCGAACCGAAUUCUUGCACUUAUAACACUCUGCUUCACGGGCUCUGCAAGGGGAGGUUUUUGGAGAAGGCUAUUGAGCUUUAUGGGGUAAUGAAGGAGGGAGAAAUGAAGCUCGAGACAGGGGCUUAUGGUACUUUUGUUAGGUAUCUAUGCCGGAAUGGGAAGGUAGCAGAGGCUUAUGAGGUGUUCGAUUAUGCAGUGGAGAGUAAGAGCUUGAGCGACGUUGCAGCCUACACGACCCUUGAGGGCACGCUGAAGUGGUUGAAGAAGGCCAGGGAACAGGGCCUUGCUGUUUAACAAAAUGGUGCGUGAUUGCCGUGUCUUCUUGUAUUGAUUUAACUGACAGUUAUAUUGACCUGUCAUUUGGUUCAGACAUAGUUCAUCGUCUGAAUUUUGUAAAUUUGAUGUGGCUGCUUAUUUUUAGUAGUCAUUAGAAGAUUGAUAGUAAUGCAAAUUCUGGUCCACGCGAAUGUUGUGCAAUGGAUAAACCGAUAGGUCUUCCUUGUAUAAUAGUGAUGGAUAAUGAUUCAACGCAAUCUGGAGUAAAAGAAAAGUUUUUCUUGUUUCACUUC